CUCUCUUUAUUAGUACCUCUAUUCUUUUGUUUUGGCGCCUUCGUUCGUUCUUCUUAUCAAAUUUCUGCUCCUUGACUUCUCCAUUGGAAUUCUCUAAUGUGUCCUGUUUUUAAUCGCUGCAUCGAUUUUCUGUUCUCGAUUAAUCUGCGCUUCGUCGCUCGACGCUGAUUUCGAAAAUUUCAGAUGAAAUGGUAGAUUUUUCUAUAUAUGAAUAAUAUAAUGGUCUGGAUAGCGUUCUUUAUAACAAGCCAUUGCCGAGUAGGAAUAAGGAUAUUAUGCAUUUUCCCCUACAUGUCAAGGAGUUAUGGAAGGUGAUAAAACCAUCUCAACACCUUCGGACAAUCCUGAGAUUGGAGAUCAGAGGAUACGUGCUCUCCAUGGAGGAUGUUUAGGAGAACCAGUGGCCCUACAAGACGUUCAACCAAAGGACACUGGACACCGGAAGAGGAUGAAAUUUUGCGGAAAGCAGUUGAUCAUUUCAAAGGCAAAAACUGGAAGAAAAUAGCUGAAUGUUUCAAAGACCGGACUGAUGUACAAUGUCUGCAUAGGUGGCAAAAGGUUUUAAAUCCCGAACUUGUCAAAGGUCCAUGGUCUAAAGAGGAGGAUGAAACUAUUGUUGAACUGGUGAAUAAAUAUGGACCAAAAAAGUGGUCCACAAUUGCAAAACAUCUACCCGGACGAAUUGGUAAGCAAUGCCGAGAAAGGUGGCACAAUCAUCUUAAUCCUAAUAUAAACAAAGAAGCAUGGACCCAAGAAGAGGAGUUAGCUUUAAUUCGCGCCCAUCAAAUUUACGGGAACAGAUGGGCAGAGCUAACAAAGUUCUUACCUGGAAGGACAGACAAUGCUAUAAAAAAUCAUUGGAACAGUUCUGUCAAAAAGAAAUUGGAUUCUUACUUGGCCUCAGGCUUGCUCUCACAACUUCAGGAUCCAAUUUCUGUUGGACAACCCAACCAACUUCUUGCUUCAUCUUCAAAGGUGCUUGGUAGUGGAAAUGACAGUGGCUCGUAUGGAAUGGAAACAGAGGAGAUUUCAGAGUGUAGUCAAGAUGCAACAGUUGCCGAUAGCUUUAUGAUUGAUUCAGCAUGUGAAACUCUGCAUAUGAGAAAGGAAGUUCAAUUAAUUGAGGAUUUGGGGUUGGGUAAGGAGCAAAGUUCCAGCCCAAUAUCCUGUUCUGAACCUUACUACCACCACCACCCUGCCAUGGAAGAAAUAACUUGUCCCAUAGCUGAGUUUGAUCAAGAAGUGGGUCACUGUUUGUCACCUUCAGAGAAAAAUCCCUCGCAUGAUUGUAGAACAACUUCAAAUAGGGAGUACCAAUGUCAUUUGAAUGAGUUUCCUAACAUCUCUUCGUUACAAUUGGAUAAAGAAGCACCCCAGUUUGAAGCAAUUGGUACUGGGAUGGGCGAAAGCCAUGGAGCUGGCAGUUCUUCUCAAAAUCCUUCAAUGGUAAAAGGAGCUACGGCUUCUGUCCAAAUAGAGUGCAGGUUUAUAUCUGACGAUGAGUUUUGCAGGGUUCUAUUCUCAGAUUCAAAAAGUGACCAAUGCAAUCUGUCUAUUAAUCUUAAAAAAGGCUCUUACGUACCUGAAAUGUGCGAUUUCGAAGUUCCAGUUCAAUCCUUGGGCACACGAAAAGUGGAAAAUAACCAUUCUUCAGCUUCCCAAGUAUAUGAUUAUCCUUCAGGAUCGGAUGUGCAGGAAAAAUAUUUGUUGCCUCAAUCCUGUAUGCACAUUCCAUCCGUGGUUUCUGUUAAUAAUGAAAUGAUUUUAUUAGGUGGUAGUGGAUCCAAUAAGCUCUUCGUAGGAGCCCGAGAACACGAAUGCAUAACUAGCCAAGAGAAUGGAUUCGUCUAUGAUGCUGGAACAUCCAGGCCUUCCUGUUUUCAUGUGACAGGUAACCCAGAAAUGCAAGAACAAAGCACAGGGACUUGUUCCCAUGAAAGACCAAAACCACAUAAUGAACAUCUAGACUCAGGAGUUCUAUGUUAUGAGCCUCCUCGUUUUCCAAGUUUAGAUGUUCCCUUUUUCAACUGUGAUCUCAUACAAGCUGGAAGUGAAAUGCAGUACAGCCCACUUGGUAUACGUCAGUUGAUGAUGUCUUCUCUAAACGGUGUUACUCCAUUUAGAUUAUGGGAUUCUCCAUCUCAUGAUACUAGUCCAGAUGCUGUACUUAAAAACGCUGCCGAAACUUUCUCGAGUACUCCAUCCAUAUUGAAGAAACGGCAUCGCGAUUUUCUGUCUCCUCUUUCUGAAAGAAGAAUUGACAAAAAACUUGAAACCGUUGUGACAUCCAGAUUGACAGAAAACUUCUCACGUUUGGAUGUUGUGUUCAAGGAUGGACCAGAAAGUACUGAAGAUAAAGAAAAUAUGCAUAGUACGUUUGAGAAGAAACAAGGGACUGCUGAUGUCCAGAUAUGCGUUCAAUCCACAGCUGAAAUUGUGGCUUCUGGAGUCCUGGUUGAACAUGAUGCCAAUGAUCUGCUACUCCAUUCUGUUGAUCAAAACACUCUCAGUUCAAGUGCAAGAAUUAAGAAACGACACUCUUCCGAGAAUUUACAUGGACCGAGCAGCACUCCUAAUUACUGCAAGAAUCAUCCAGAAAGCGAUUCGGUCGCAACAAUGUGCGAACUCCCGGUCAUUUUAUCGGCUUCUGUUAAGAAGACGGAUGAUAAUCGUCCGCAGAUUGCCACCACCGGAAUUGCUUCAUUACCUGGUGAAACUCCAGUUAAGAGAAGUAUUGAUUCCCCUUCGGCUUGGAUGUCACCUUGGUUCUUCAAUUCCUUCCUGCCCGGUCCAAGGAUCGAUACAGAAAUCUCGAUCGAGGACAUUGGAUAUUUUUCUAGCCCCAAGGAAAGAAGCCUUGAUGCAAUUGGGUUAAUGAAGCAAGUGUGCGAGCGAACGGCAGCUGCCUGUGCCAGUGCCCAUGAAGUGUUGGGAAACGAAACUCCAGAGACACUACUCAGAGGAUCGCGCAUGAAGCAUCGCCAUUGUGAUGAAACUGUUCUGGCGGAAUGUCGGACGUUGGAUUUCAGCGAAUGUGGCUCUCCAGGUGAAAUGAGCACAUGAAAACUACAUAUAGCAAGUCCCCCGACUUAUCUUCUCAAUGGCUGCAUAUAGCAAUUUAUUGGUACCAACUUCAACUCGCCUUUCAAUUUUCCAAUGUCUUUUAGUGUAGUAAUAUCAUCAAUAAUCAAUGCCAUUUAAACAAGAUACUAUUUGUAAAUUUGAAUGAUAUGAUCAACUUUAAAAGCCUUUCAUCAAGGCAUA